AUGUUCCGGCAAAUCCUCGUCCACCCCGAAGAUCGCCGCUUCCAACGGAUUCUCUGGCGCCCGAGAGUCUCCGAAAAGACGCAAGAAUAUGAGCUCAACACCGUCACCUACGGGCUCGCCUGUGCGCCGUUCCUCGCCGUCCGCACACUCCGCCAACUGGCUACUGACGAGGAAGCACGAGGUUCAAGGGGGACCCUCGCUCUACGCCAUGAUUGUUACAUGGACGACGUCAUAACGGGAGCCGACUCCUUGCACCAUGCCGUCGCUCUGCAAACAGAGCUCCGAGAGUUUUGCACGGCGGGCGGGUUCCCGCUGCGGAAGUGGGCCGCCAACAGCGAAGCCAUCCUUGAAGGGGUGCCCUCUGAUCACCGGCUGCAGCUAGCGCAUCACUCCUGGGAGAACGAGGUGCAUUCCACCUUGGGCCUGCGCUGGCAUCCCGCCAGCGACGACUUCUCCUUCACGAUCCAGGCUCCAGUCACAGGCGAAUACACCAAGAGGCGAGUCCUGUCAGAGACGGCGCGGUUGUUCGACCCUCUAGGAUGGCUAGCUCCUGUCAUCAUCCGCGCCAAGAUACUAAUACAGUCUGCAUGGCUGAAAGGGCUGGAUUGGGACACUCCGCUCCCAACCGAGGACGCCCAGUCCUGGCAGCGUCUCCUCUCCGAGCUCCAUGUGCUGGGGCGCCUCAGGGUGGAGCGCUGGCUAGGGACGACUCACCAGGCUUCACAGAUUGAGAUCCACGGAUUCGCCGACGCGUCCGAACGUGGCUUUGCUGCUGUCGUCUACCUCCGCGUGACCACUGCCGACGGGACGGCCACUCAUCUUCUCGCCGCCAAAACCAAGGUCGCUCCCAUAAAGCCCGUGACUCUUCCGCGGCUGGAACUUUGCGCUGCCUCCUUGCUUGCGAAUCUCACGUGCCAUCUCCGGUCUUCACUAGAUAUACCGUUAGCACCGGUAUACCUCUGGUCCGACUCCAGGGUCGCCCUCCACUGGAUCAAGGGUCACGCCUCGCGGUGGAAGACCUACGUGGCCAAUCGGGUGUCGCUGAUUCAACAGCGACUACCCGAAGCACAAUGGAGGCACGUCCCUGGCCAGGAUAAUCCAGCUGACUGCGCAUCCAGAGGAAUCGCCCCGAGGGAUUUGCUGGACCACCCCCUCUGGUGGAGUGGCCCCGACUGGCUUCCCAGGGACUCAUCGCUAUGGCCAGACCAGGACAACCAGACAAUGAUGGGCGAGGUCCCUGAAAUUAAAAGAACUGUAUUAGUCGCCACAUGCAGGGACAAACCGGAGCCGGAAAUUCUUCUCCAGUUUUCCUCUCUACACCGGCUCUUACGUGUGUCUGCAUGGUGUCUCCGCUGGCGGCCAUCCCGGUCGUCAUCCUCUCAGCGCCGUUCUGCUGCCGAGCGAACUCGACGUCUCUCUCUUCCGCUGGCUCAGAGUCGUCCAAGCGAUUCAUUACGCCGCUGA